UGGCGAGCGAGUUUAUCUUAUAAUUACGCUGUCAGGUUUCUGUUCCAUUUGAUCACAGGAUGUCGUGACAACAGCAACUCGCCUCAGUGUCGUACGGAAAGUGUUCGCAUUGGUUCAAAUAAAUACUUACAGCAAAAAUGAAAAUCGUGCUAUCACCGGUUGUAGUACGGCAAUAUUUGAUAGCGACAGUCGUAAAUUUCGGAUCGCUAACCACGGGUAUUAGCUUGUUCUGGGCCUCGCCGAUGCUCGUGAAACUCCGUAACGGAACCGAUACCCCAUUGUCGAGACCCAUUACGGAAGAGGAAGGAUCAUGGAUUGUAUCUGGAGGCUACUUGGCUGCUGUUGGAACAACACUGCUAGGUGGAAUACUUAUCGACAAAAUCGGCCGCAAAUACUGCAUUAUUUUAGUAACAAUACCAAGAAUUUGCGCUUCUAUUUGGACAAUAUUCGUGACUGAAGUGUGGAUGUUGAUCUUGUGUCGAACCGUUAUGAUUUUCACUGACUCUUUCAUCUUCAUUGUUGUUCCGAUGUAUGUGUCCGAAAUCGCCUCUAAAGAACAUCGUGGAGCUCUCGGGACCUUUCUGCACAUUGUUUCAUGUUUAGGAAUUGUGAUAACGCUGGGCGUGGGACCAUUUCUGUCUUAUGUAGAACUCAACGCUUUCCUGGCAAUUACUAUUAUCGUAACAUUUUUACCUGUACCAUUCUUGCCAGAUUCACCUAUCUAUUUAUAUUCCAAAGGUCGUAUAGACGAGGCUAUAAAUGUCCUAUCAAAAGUUCGAGAAUCAGACGCAAUUAUUAAACAGGAGCUAGAGGAUUAUAGAUCCAGCAAACAAAUCAAAGUCAACAAGAUGGCAUUGAUAAGAGACAGGACGUUUUUAAAAUCACUUUCCUUAGGUAUUCUAGUCUGUGCUGGAGCUAACAUGAUAGGAUACAGCGCAAUAUCGUUUUAUUUGCAAACCAUAUUUGAAUCGACCAAUACAAGCGUUGCCCCAGAAAUCGCAUCAUUAGUUAUUGGUUGCAUUCAGCUACUUGCUGCCUUAUGUACAACAAUCUUUACAAAAAUUUUUGGGCGACGGCCUAUUUUGAUAUAUUCGCUCCUCGGUAUGUUUGUUGGUAUGCUUGGAUUGGGAAUCUUUUUCACGUUCAGCACCAAAGAAGGCUACGUGAUUACUGGGUUUCUGAAUUAUCUUCCUAUUAUAUCGAUGAUAUUAUGUACAUACAACUUUAAUGUUGGUAUCGGAUGUCUACUUCUUGUAGUAACAGCUGAGUUAUUCGACGGAACAGCAAGGGCGUUUGGUUAUUCAAUAUGCCUGACAUCGAGUUUAUUUUUAGCAUUCUUAUCUUCAAAAUAUUUCGUACAAUUCACAUCAGUGCUUGGACCUUCGGCAACUUAUUGGUUUUUCAGUGCAAUGUGUUUACUUGUUUGUAUUCUAAUAGCUUUAUUUCUACCGGAAACCAAAGGAAAAACAUUUAAUGAAAUACAAGUUUCUCUGGGUAGUCAAAGAUUAGUGGAUGAGCCUGGAACUAGUCAAAUACAAAAGUUUUAAGACCAUAUAUCUACUUUUAAAAGCCUCAGAAGCUACUAUGGAUAGAGGGAGAACUAAAAUGAAAGUUGAACUAAAUAAAAAAAAAUUAAAUAUAUUUUAAAAGAGGCCAUAAUGUUUUAAUCGUUAUUUAUUUAAAAGAAAAUUGAAACAAUUUUUUAUUUGCCUACAGUUAAGUGUAUUGUUUAAGAACGAUUUUCAAAGUUAAAAUAUGUAACAUUUAAAAAGGGUCCUACUUAGUAUAAGGAGGAUAUAACUAUUUAUUACAUCAUAUUGUUAUAUA